GCAGGACUUUGCCCCUGGACUUUCCCCCCCCAGCGGGGACUCAGCCUCCAGCCAAGGUCCCCCUGCCCGGCUGGGCCCCGCAGGGAGGCGACUGUGUCUCACCAAGUGCCAGAUUCUUCCAGUUUGAUUUCUAAAGUCAACAGUUCCCCAGCGCACAGGCUGACCGGGCUGGGACUCAAGAUAAGCAGAGACUUUGCAGGAACCCUCCCUGGCGUGGGAACCCCACACUAAGUUGCAUUGCCGAGCGCUGACACCUGGGAUUAACACCCGCCCUUACUCCGUGGGGCUUCGUCCGCGGCCGGAGCCCACCUGGGAGCAUGUGGCUGUACCUGGCCGCCCUGCUGGGGCUGUACUUCCUGCGCCGAUGGUACCGGGAGCAGCAGACUGUGGAGAACCUCCGAGAGAAACACGUCCUGAUCACCGGCUGCGACUCUGGCUUCGGGAACCUGCUGGCCAGGCAGCUGGACGCACGGGGGCUGCGGGUGCUGGCGGCUUGUCUCACCCCGCAGGGAGCAGAGCAGCUGAGGCAGGCGACCUCGGAGCGGCUGCAGACGGUGAUCCUGGACGUCACCCGCAGCGACAGCAUCGCCGCCGCGGCCGCCUGGGUGAAGGUGCAAGUGGGGGACAAAGGGCUGUGGGGCCUGGUGAACAAUGCAGGGAUCAUGGGCAAAUCGGCCCCCAACGAGUGGCUGACGAAGGACGACUUCGCCACGGUGCUGAACGUGAACCUGCUCGGCCCCAUCGAGGUGACCCUCAGCCUCCUGCCCCUGGUGAAGCGAGCCAGGGGCCGGGGCGUCAACGCGGGCCACGCCCCCAUCGUGGAAGAAAGCAGGCGGGAGCUCCUUCCUUUCGGAGUCAAGAUCAGCAUCAUAGAGCCGGGCGCCUUCCAGACGCCCAUCCUAAACGUCCAGAAGGUCACGGACAUGAUACAGGAGGUGUGGGACCGGACCCCUGCAGAGGUUAAAGAGGCGUACGGGCAGUCCUACUUCGACACCUAUCGCAAGGAGAUUCUACAGCUGUUCACCACCGCCAGCCCCAACCUCUCCCUGGUCACCGACUGCAUGGAGCACGCCCUGACGGCCCGCCACCCCCGCACCCGCUACUCCGGGGGCUGGGACGCCCAAUUCUACUACAUCCCGGUCUCCUACUUGCCAACCUCGUGGCAAGAUUUCCUGGCCACCCGCCAGCAGCCCAAGCCAGCCCACGGCAUCUAGGGGGCGUCGGCCGGGAAGACGUCCACGAGGGGAGGGGGCAGGAUACUAUGCUUGAAACUUGCGUGGCGCUAGCAUGCUGGAAUCAGCUGUGAAAGGACUUAAUUCCCUGGCUUCAAUGAGGUGCUGCCAUGUGAAGGGGGCUUCCCGGAGGUGGCAGCAAAUCGCAGGGUAACGUACCAGCUUCUGAGCUGCGGCAUGUGAUGGGCUUGGUCAUAAAGAUCCCCUGGAGACUGUC